AUGACACACCACAUCAUCAUCAUCAUCAUCAUCAGGGCUCCUACAGCUCGUUUCAGUCUCACCAUCGCCAUCACCAAUAUCACCAGCACCAGCACCACCAGCUCUCCUCCGACCUCUGGGUGUCCUCACGCGGAUCCAUGCCCCUCAUCAAGCAUGUCCAACCUCUCCAACCUCUCCAGACUCUCGGAAAUGGGCGUCUCCGCUAUAUUGAACAUGCCAGCUUCUCGAGCACUCCACCCGGCAAUAUCGCCCGCCGUCGAAAAGGCGGAAGAGCGCGAAGCCACUCUCGCACCCUUAAACCGUGUUGUACGGGAGCUGAAGAAGGGAAAACGGGCAUCUUCUGAACUUGAUCGUGAUGCUCCUGGCGAAAACGGGGAGGACGAGGACGAGGACAGGAACGGGGAUGGGGGAGAGGAGGAAGAGGAAGAGGAGGUGCAUCCGAAGCGAAGAUCUCGGUCCCAUAGAUCGAACUGGAACAUGGAGUGCCUUGUCAAAGUUCACGAUAAGCCCAUUACCCGCCGCCAAUCGAACCAUCACAAAGGGAAGGAGAAGACACGGCCGAAGUACCAGGAGCCAUCUGACAACGAGGAUGAGCAGGAGGAUGAACAGGACGAGGACAAGAACAAGAACGAGAAUGAGGAGUCUGAAGACGAAGAUGAGCAGGAGAAGGGCGACAAGCAGGAGGAUGAGGACGAUCUGGAGAGGAAAUCUCAGUCAGCGCAGAAUGUAUCAGCGGGUGGUGGCACGGCCAAGGCUCUCUAUAAGCCCAUCACCCGCCGCCAAGCGAACCGGAUCAAAGGAAAGAGGGGCACACAGCUAAACUACUGCGACACGUCUGCCGGUGACGAGGAUCAGGAUGAUGAUGAGGGCGCAGAGUACGUGGAGACAGAUCAAGAAGAUGCUAAUAGAGAGUUUGAGUGCGGGGGUGUCGGUGGUGGGGGGAAUGUGUUUGCACAAAAGGAUGCUACCACAGGAAGAGCAGAAACGCACCAGGAACAUUGUAGAGAUUCCGCCCCGUCUUCAGAGCCCAAUCCUGAGCCAAUCCACACAGGCUUCCAGCUCCUCGACAGUGGCACUCUUACCUUCAACGGGAAGGCCUUACGCUGCACUCAGCAUACUUCCACACCUAAUCUACAGUCACGCGCGAGUUCAUCAUCAGACUCUACCAUGCAUUCUUGUGUGGUGGUUGCCUACGUCGGCUUCAUCUUGGAAUACGACGGCUACUUCAUAUGCACUUCAUGCAGUUUCGCUCCUGUUCUCCACGGAGCCGAAAUAUCUCACCAUCUUCAGACAAAGCAUGGCAACUCCAAACACGGACUUAUCUCUUUAUUCCCUAAGACCUCGCAGGAGAAGAAGAAGGUAUUUGAUGCCCUUUCCAACCACCUUUGCGACAUCUACCCCGAGAGCGCCAGAAAGACCAGUAAUGAUGUGACGAAUCACCUCGACGUAUCACAUAUCACGGAACUCUCCCCCCCUUCACCGACCUUUUAUAUCCAUCAUCCUCCGAUCCAGCCUCCCUCGUUCAGAAUUUGGGUCUCCGAACACUCCAAAUUGUAUAUCAUUCGCUAUGGUAUUUCUCUGGCUGGAAAGAUCUUCCCCCUUCCCAAAACUUAUGUCCGUCCCGUGGCUCCUGUGCUAGUCGCCCCGAUGCCUGUUGCUCCGCCCUCAACUCCCCAGACCGUCGAUCCCUCGAUGGUGUCUCUCAUUAAGGUGCUUUACACUGACAAAAUCCGGUGGGAACAAUGGCUCUCAGACGUCGAACGGCUCAUACCCCGUGAAACGUGGGCCUGGAUGGGAUCUAGUCCCUGGAUUGCUCUUACCGUCCCCUCAAUGACCAAAGGGGAGGCGAGAUUGACCCGGGGCUUUAUGCACAUCACGUCCUUCGCGCAGACCUUCCUCCAUAAUGUCAACAAGGUUCUGGAUGUUUGCAAUCCACAGCAUCAGGUUGCGCUUUGCGGUCCAAGCCACCAAGCGUCAAGACGAUUGGAUAGAGUUUCUCGACAGCAUUGA